GUGAUUGGGAGAAUGGACUCGGCAAGCGUGGCAUAUAAUAGAAGGCUUCGACGAGGGUAUUCCUCGUCAUAUAAGUUCACCGUUCUUGAGAAGCGAAUGACUAAAAUCGCGAGUGUUUACUCUCGGUAAUCGAAAUGAGUUCGAUAGAAAAAAUGCGAGAACUGCUGGUCGAGUACCAGCAAGACCAUAUUUUAAAGUUCGUUGACCAACUGGACGAAAAUGAACGAGAAAGUUUUUUAAAACAACUGAAAACAAUUAAAUUUCAAGAAGUGAAUGCGCUCUUCCGGAAAGCGAAAGAAUCAAUUACCGAGGAUGUUGAAAAAGUGGACGCGCGAAUGCAGCCAGUUCCAGCCGACCAAUUCGGAUCGGAGAAGAAUGCUGACAAGGAAGAACUGAUGACUUACCGAAGCAUUGGAUUAGAAGAAAUUUCCAAGGGUCGCGUUGCGGUUCUUCUUCUAGCUGGCGGACAAGGGACGCGACUUGGAGUCAACUAUCCCAAGGGAAUGUACUCAGUCAAUCUUCCGUCAGGAAAAUCUUUGUUCCAAAUCCAGGCGGAACGAAUCAGAAGAGUGAUCAACUUGGCCAAGCAAGAAACUGGAAGAGUUGGAAGUGUUGUUUGGUACAUCAUGACCAGUGGCCCCACUAAUGCCACCACGAAGAAAUUCUUGGAGAAAAACGACUAUUUCGGCCUAAAUCAAGACGAUGUCAUUUUAUUCCAACAGGGCCUGUUGCCUUGUUUCGACUUCGAUGGAAAACUUCUUCUAGAUGAAAAGAACGCAGUUGCCAUGGCUCCUGAUGGAAACGGAGGCAUUUAUCGAGCGCUCAGCGAACGACAUAUUCUGGACGAUAUGGAGCAAAGAGGAAUCAAAUACGUUCACGCUCAUAGUGUGGAUAAUAUCCUAGUUAAAGUUGCCGAUCCGGUCUUUCUUGGAUACUGCGUGAAGAAGAAAGCGGAAUGUGGAGCUAAAGUUGUCAGCAAGAAUAGCCCUAAUGAAGCUGUGGGAGUCGUUUGCAAAGUCGAUGGCAAAUACCAAGUAGUGGAAUAUAGUGAAAUUACCGAGAAAACAGCAAAUCUGACUGACCCAUCUGGAAAAUUGGUAUUCAGUUCUGGUAAUAUUUGCAACCAUUUCUUCUCCACAUCCUUCUUACAACGGGUGGCAAAACAGCAUGAGUCAGAGCUGAAAUUGCAUGUGGCCAAAAAGAAGAUUCCUUACGUCGAUCGUAACGGCGACCACAUAAAACCUUCCGAACCCAACGGCAUUAAAAUCGAAAAAUUUAUUUUUGAUGUAUUUCAAUUCACAGAUAAAUUCGUUACGUGGGAAGUACCUCGUAUCUCCGAAUUUAGCGCUCUCAAGAACCCUGACAGUGUUGGGAAAGACUGUCCGUCGACCGCUAAAAGAGAUUUAUUAGUAUUGCAUAAAAGUUACAUCGAAGAAGCUGGCGGUAUUGUUACGGAAGGAGUCGAUGUUGAAAUUUCACCGUUAUUAUCCUAUGCUGGCGAACAUAUCGAGCAAAGAGUCAAAGGCAAAAGAUUCGAAGGCACCAUUAGCUUACUAUCCGAAGAGGAGACACUUAACUGCUAUUCAAAUGGUCUCAAAAAUGGCAAGGCAUAGUUAAUUAACUUACAACAUUCCGCCUCUGGCUUAAAUCUUAAUGAAAUUACUUAAUAACGUCUUGUAAAUGCAAGACCGGGUAUGUGCAAUCGAAAGUAUUUUACCUCUAAGGAUUAUGUGAUAAUUAAUUAAGUAUUCCCAGUUUGUAUAUUACAUUGUGUACAUAAAUUGCAAAAAAUUAUUUAUUUUUGAUAUGUUUACUAUUUUAUUUUCUAUGAAUUUACAAGGUGAAAGGUAGGCAAUGCGAUUUAUCAAUGUCACAUGUUCAUUUAUAUAUCCUAAAGUAGAUAAGUUUUUUAGUUUUGACUACCACAAGACACUAGUUAUAAUUAUUUGAAAAUAUGUUCAAAAUUUUGUAGUUUCCAGCGCUAAUAAAAUGUCAUUUUAUUUUUA